AUGUCUCACUUUGCAACACCUUUUAUAGUUGUAAAUCUAGGUUGUGAAAUGAUAUAUGUUAUUGACCAGAGGUUGAAAACGCAGAAUAUUCCCUUGGACAAGUCUGAAAGAGUUCUUACAGAUAUAGUUACUGUGUUACUACAUCCCAAGCUCUUGGAUGAGUUAUUUAUACCUCAACCAGUUGCGACCCAUGCUGUUAUAAAACAACUACUGCAAGACAUAUCUGCUACAUCUAUAAUGAAACUCGAUGACUAUUCUAUGGGCAAAUUGUGGGAUCUCAUGACAAUGUUAUUGAAGUGGCAGCUGUCGGUCGCAAGAAAUCAGAAUGUUUUUGACAUAAGCCGACGACAUUUACGUUGUGUAGCUACAAUAAUGCCUAAAUAUUUUUCAACUUCACUUUUCGAAAAUGUAUUGAAAAAAUUUGAAUUACUAGCACGAAAUUUUACUAAUGAAGAUCACAAUUGCUUAUGUAACACUCUAAUAAUUUGGUUUUCCGAAUAUCACACAAAAAUAUCAGUUCUUCUAAGACUGGGUCUACAAAACAAAGAUGGCACAUUUUGUUUACCACGGACGAUUAAUCCGAAAUUACUAAAAAAUUUGGGAGAAAAUAUUUACACAUACGAUACAAACAAAAAAAUUGAUAGCGAUUACAAAAAUUACUGUCUUGAAACCAAUGAAAUAAAUUAUCUUUUAGCAUCAAUUGAAAAAGUAUCAUCUAAAUCCAAUCAAAUUGAAUUACAGUUGCCUAUCAAUUUUGGAAACGAAAAUGUUAAAAAUAAAGUAUUAAAGAUUAAUAAAGAUAUUGAAUAUAAAAGUAUUCCAGCAUUACUAAAAAAUACCAACAAAAACAACGAUCUUACUUUUGUAGCAAACUUACCUAAAUCUCCUCAAGAAGAUCUUUUAGAAAUGUUAAAGCAAUCUUCAGAAUUC